AUGCCCACACCGGGCCCCAUCCGAGCCCUCCGCCUUCCAGCAGACGGUUCAUCUCCUCACAUCCUCACCCUGCAAACCUACAUCGCCGAUCCUCUCCCGCCCCCACCAACCGCAGACCGUGCCUACUACCGCGCCCUGCUCGAAUACCUCGUCGACAACGACCCCGUCCGCCACGUCCCCAAUGUCCGCGUCUUCUGGGUCCCCGCCGCCUGGGAGCGGCGCGACGUCGUCAAAGUGCGUUACCUGAACAAAUCGUCGCCGAAUCUGAACGGCCGAUACUGUCUCUUCAUGACGGAUGCCAAGGAGGGGCUGCAGGUGAAUCCAUACCUUUCGAAUGAGCAAUACGACUACCAUGGCGAUGCAUUCGUGCUCAAGGAGAUCGGCUACACUUGGUUGCCGGGGGCGGACCUCAGUGAUGUGGUGGGCUGUUUGACGGAGUUGAGACAUGAGCAUGUUUUUCCCGAGUAUGAGAAUGUGCCCGAGGGUAUCCUGGGGUGCAAUUUGUUGGAGGUGAUCAUGAGGGAUGGUUUCCGGGACGAUUUCAAGCCGGAAGGACCUGCUGAGGGCUUCGUGGGUGGAGUUCCGCAUCUCGCCCGCACUUUACCCUCUGAGAUGGAGGUUGAGUUGUCUGGGCCCGCAGAGCACGGGAGCUGA